AUGUCGUUAAACGUGAAUAUAAGUGAUCCGGACGAAUUUAAUUGUAUCGAAUUACACAGUGCUAUUGAAAAUGUCGCUAAAGUAAUGAAUAUACCAGAUUUUAGCUACCAUGUUGAUUACUUGAACGGUAAUGGCUAUAUUGCUAAUAUAUUCAGAGUUAUUUUAACAGAAACCGGCAGCGAUAAGACGAUUAGUGUGAUAGUGAAGACACUUAUUAAUACAGCCAGAAAGGAUUUGUUUCGAGAACUACAUCUAAGAGAAGUUAAUGCCUAUACACAGAUUAUAAACAAAUUUAGAAUAUUACAGAAGGAUAUAGAAGAAAAAAAUAGGAUAGUUCUUCCUAAAUAUAUUUAUUUUAGCAACGAGAAAGGAAAUGAACUCCUUAUAUUUAAAGAGUUGCUAGUGAAUGGUUUCAAAGUAAACGACACUUUAGCGACACAUAAUAAAUUAGAAUUUUCACAAGUCAGUCUCAUAUUUUCGGAGUUGGCGAAACUUCACGCAUUAUCACUUGUUUUUGCGGAGAACGAUAAAGAUUUAUAUAAUAAGGUGGUUUCCAGUUUUAGUGAUUUGAUAUUUGAACAGAGUUUUUUAGAUAAAAGCAAAUUAAGGGACCAUUUUGUAAACUUAUUUGAAGAAUCCGUAGAAGUUAUUAACAAUCCGAUGGCCAAAGAUAAAUUGGAAUCAAUUAAAACAAAAUUAUUACCUAUGUUUAAAAAUUAUGUAAAGCCAAAGAAAACUAACGUUUUAUGUCAUGGUGACUUUUGGCUCAACAAUAUAUUGUUUAAACAAAUGGACAAUGAGGAGAAAUUAUGUUUCUUAGAUUUUCAAGCAAUGAGAUAUGCCAAUCCAUUAACAGAUAUAGUUUACUUUUUGUAUAUUUGCACCGAUUCUCAAUUCAGAUCUGAUUACACGGAUAAACUGCUCGAUGUAUACUAUGAUAGUAUUAAAACGUUUUUAUCAUUAUUUGAUAUAGACGCCAGUAGUAUUUAUACAAGAGACGAAUUAGGGAGUAAUAUGGAAGAUUAUAAAGCUUACGGCCUUUUGAUUGCUUUGGUAGAAAUGAGGAUAAUCAUACCGAACAUCCAAACUGACCAAGAACCAAAGAAAGGACAUAUUUCCGAUGUUGAUCUCAAAAUAUACGAAAAAAGUGACAUUUUAUUCAGAUCAAGAAUCAAUGAUGUAGCAACAGAAGCGAUGGAAAACGGUGUCUUAGACAGGCUUUUGAGCGACGCGAAAACAAUAGAGAUUCAUUAA